UGCGGACCUGCAAAACACUGACAUUUGAUCGCGGCACGUUGGCAUGAGGACAUACAUAGAUUAAGAUUUAGAACAACGUUCUAAAUGCUGUGGCCAUCCACUUUAUCAAGCGCAUAAAAGCAAAGCGCCUACCUACUGCCCCUCCAAAUUUAUUCGAUUCCAUAUCCAUCCUCAACAAUGCGUUUCUCUGUUGUUCUCACCGUUGUUGCUGCUUUGACAGCAUCUAUAUCUGCCAGCGAUGCUGCCAGUGACGCCAGUGCGAGUUGUCCUUUUUUUUGCGUGAAGGAUAGUACAUGCUCACACUGCGAAGGAGGGUUUUGCGUGAGUAGUCAUUUGUAUCCUGGAAUCAACCACAUGACUCACUGGCGUGAUCACAGAGCUUCUUUAUAUGCUACUAGUAUGGUAGUGAGUCGUGUUUCUGCUUUCGUACUGGUGCAGUAUGGUUGAUGGCACGACGCAUGGAGCCUCGUUCGUGGUUUCAGAGCCCUUGUAAGCUAGGAG